AUGACAGCUGAAGUCGCCGCUGCGUCAUCGUCUUCGCACUCGUCUGCCUCGACUCAGAGGCUAGCACAUCCCACUGCCAUAUUGCCCAAUGCACAGGCACUCAGAGAUGCAAAGGUCCUCGUCGUUGGAGCAGGAGGCAUCGGGUGUGAGGUCCUGAAGAACCUCGCACUUGUUGGCGUCAAGGGGGUGCAAGUGAUCGACUUGGACACCAUCGACCUAUCGAACCUCAACCGCCAGUUCCUGUUCAACAAGUCCCACAUCAAAAAGUCCAAGGCGCUGGUCGCCUCUGCCGUGGCAUCCUCCUUCAACCCUUCCAUUCAAAUUCAGCCUCAACAUGCGAACAUCAAAGAGCCUCAAUUUGGGUACGAGUUCUUCAAGACUUUCGACGUAGUUCUGAACGCACUAGACAACUUAGAUGCCAGACGCUGGGUGAACAGGAUGUGUAUUGCUACGAACGUACCAUUGGUGGAGAGCGGGACCACAGGGUUCUUGGGGCAAGUGCAGCCUAUUUUGAAGGGAGUCAUGGCCUGUUACGAUUGCACAGAGAAGCAGACUCAAAAGACAUUCCCAGUCUGUACCAUUCGCUCUACCCCGACAACACCCAUCCACUGUGUCGUAUGGGCGAAGACAUGGCUGUUCAAUCAACUUUUCGGAGAGGAUGACGAGACUGAAGGAGCCGAGCUGGACAAAGCAGAAGCAGAUGGAGGCAACUCUGCUGAGAUUAGCGCCUUGCGCAAGGAAGCACUGGAGAUGAGCAACCUUCGCUCUAGCCUAGGUACAGAGGGAGCUGCUCAAAGAGUCUUCGACAAGGUGUUCAAAAAUGACAUUGAGAGGCUGCUGAGCAUGGAGGAAAUGUGGAAGAAUCGCACUAAGCCAACACCGAUCACAUAUGCAGACGCCAUGGCGACAGCUGCCGACAGUCAGACAAGGAAAGGCUUGAAGGACCAAACUCAACUGGGUCUCAAGGAGACGGUGGAUCUUUUCGAGUCGAGCUUGAACGCUCUGGCACUCCGGUCUGCUGCCAACCCAUCUGAGCCACUUUCAUUUGACAAGGAUGACUCCGACGCUUUGGACUUUGUGACUGCUUCGUCUAAUCUCCGGUCUCGUAUCUACUCCAUCGAGACCAAGAAUCGCUUCGAUAUCAAGCAGAUGGCUGGUAACAUCAUUCCCGCCAUUGCAUCGACGAAUGCCAUCAUCUCUGGAGCUCUGGUCUUGCAGACUGUGCACAUGCUGGGCGCUACCCGAAAGGGAGCAGCUGCUACCUCUCUCAAAGCUCGCGACGUGAUGCUGGGGAGGUCUAACCGGUUUGUUCUCACCGGAUCCGCACCUCCCAAGCCGAACCCGGCUUGUGGAGUCUGUCAAGACCUUUACAUCCCUGUAUCUCUCGACCCAAGAACGACCAGCCUGGGAGCUGUGAUCUCUCACACUAGGCUCAACCGUGAGGAAAGCGGCUUGGGAAUGGACGACGAGUCUGGCUAUGAGGAGUUGGGCAUCUACGAGGGCAGUCGACUCCUGGCAGACAUGGACUUCGAGGACAACCAUCCCAAGACCUUGUUCGAUCUCGGAGUCGAGACUGGCAAAUUCUUGACGCUCGUUGACGAAGACGGCAAGAAGCGGACCGUCCACCUGGUACUUUGCGCUCCGCGAGACGGUCUGCGAGCAGGCGAGAUCAAGGUCCUUUUGGAGGCGGACGAACUUCCUGAGCUGAGCGACCGGCCCAAGCUGCCCGAGGCCGAGAAGGACGAAUCUGAUCUCGAAGACGGUGACAAGGAUGAUGGCUUCGAAGUCAUGGAAGCUAUGCCUACGCUGGUCAGCAAGAAGAGGAAGGCGGGUGACGAUGGGACGGAGAAUGGUGCAGGUCAAUCACAGCAGAAGAAGCGGCCUGUUGGGGACGAGAAUGGAGACGACAGCAGGCAGAAGAGGCACAAGGCGGGUCCAAACGAAGGUGCCAUCGAGCUUGAUUGA